UACAGAGUAAGUGCCAAGAGAGAGGUCGAAGAACAAAAUCUAACACACAUCCCAGAAUUUAAUCCCUUGGGGAUCUCAGAGGAUCCAGAACUGCAGCCUAUCCUCUUUGGACUCUUCCUAACCAUGUAUCUUGUGGCUGUGCUUGGGAACCUGCUCAUCAUUGUGGCCAUCAUCUCAGACUCCCAUCUUCACACACCCAUGUACUUCUUCCUCUGCAAUCUGUCUUUAGCUGACAUUGGUUUCAUCUCCACAACAGUCCCAAAGAUGAUUUUGGACAUCCCAUUACAGAGUAAGAUAAUCUCUUUUAAAAGCUGCUUGACACAGAUGUCUCUUUUUCUAAUUUUUGAGUGUAUGGAUGACAUGCUUCUGACUGUGAUGGCUUAUGACCGGUUUGUGGCCAUCUGUCACCCACUGCAGUAUCAUGUCAUCAUGAAUCCUCGCUUCUGUGUCUUCUUAGUCAUGGUGUCUCUUUUGUUUAGUCUUUUAGAAUCCCAGCCUCACAAUAUGAUUGUCUUACAUUUUAAAUAUUUUGAAGAUGUGAACAUUUCUAAUUUCUUCUGUGAACCUUCACAAAUUCUAUAUCUCAUCUGUUCUGAUAACUUUACCAAAAAUAUAGUCACAUAUUUUGUAAGUGGUGUUAUCUAUGGAUUUCUUCCCUUUUCAGGAACCUUUUUCUCUUACUAUAAAAUUGUUUAUGCUGUUCUGAGAAACUCAUCCUCAGGUGGGAAGUAUAAAGCCUUCUCCACUUGUGGGUCUCACCUCUCAGUUUUUUGCUUAUUUUAUGGAACAGCCUUUGGUGUUAAUUUCACAUCUACUAUAAAGAUCUCAGUAGCUUCAGUGAUAUACACCAUGGUGAUCCCAAUGCUCAAUCCCUUCAUCUACAGCCUGAGAAAUCAGGACAUGAAACAUGCCCUGCGGAGGCUGUAGAGCAGAGCAAUGUACUGUUAA